AUGAGUAGGAAGAGAUCAAAAAUGUCUUCCAGUGGCACUCUCAGUAACUGCUAUGUGGACGCUAUCAUGGGGCAGGAGCCGGAGGAUGUUUACGGCGCUCGCUUUCUCCAGGCUCCACACCCGGUGACCCCGAGGCCGUCAGGUGCCGGGGACAACGCAGACUUCUCCUCAUGCAAUUUUGCACCCAAGUCCGCCGUCUUCCCCUCGUCGUGGUCCUCGAUUCAUCCGCAGGGGAUUUAUCAUCCGUACGCGCACCACCACCAUCACCACCACCAGUCCCCGCAUCUGCCCGCGUCGGACGGAAGAUACGUGGGCGUCCGCUCCUGGAUGGACCCCAUCUCCAACCACGUUUCGUUCGCCGGAUUUCACGCCAGCAGCCGCUCGUACGGGACAAAGCCCGAGGUGCUGCCGCCCAAAGCUGCCGCGGAGUGCGACACGUUGGAGGCAGAGGCUCGGCCGCUGGAGUUCGCGAGUGCAGCGUCGGAGUGUCCGGAGAAGGCGAGCAAAGAGCACAGUGGCAGCGAGCUGUCGAGCCACAGCGAGCCCAAAGAGGAGAAACAACAACAACUUGACCCAAGCAACCCUGCAGCAAACUGGAUUCACGCACGCUCCACGAGAAAGAAGCGAUGCCCGUACACGAAAUAUCAGACUUUAGAGCUGGAGAAGGAGUUCCUCUUCAACAUGUAUCUGACAAGAGACCGGCGCUACGAGGUGGCCCGCAUACUGAGUUUAACCGAGAGACAAGUGAAGAUCUGGUUCCAGAACAGGAGGAUGAAAAUGAAGAAGAUGAACAGGGAGAGGGGCGGCAAGGAUUUGCUAUGAGUCCCCUGCCGCUGCUGCCAUUUCACACGUUUACAUGUUUGUACCAACUGAAGCCAUCUGAACCAUUACAUUUCUUUUGUGGUAGGAGCCUCGGUUGCCAAUCUUUUAGACUUUCUUUUAGCAACAUAUUGAGUGUGAGUGUCACUACUUUUAAGCCCAAUGCGCAGGAGUCUGUCCCGGUGAGACUGCCACAGACAGGAUCCCUCAUCAGAGACUUCAGCCACUUGGAGGUU